AAUUAAAAAAUAUACUUUUAAAUUGCUGUCUUCCUUUGUUUUUCUUGGCACAAAACAAAAACAAUAUUGACAGUGAAUUUUCAGGUGCUGGAAUAUUUGGCCACCUCUCAGACUCAUCCCUGGGGAGAAAAGGCUCUCUCACAGUGGUUUGCGCCCUUAACACUCUCUUCGGCUGCUUAACAGCACUGUCCCCCAACUACUGGAUCUACGCACUCCUCCGCCUCCUCACCGGCUUCAGCAGCGGCGGCGUUGGCCUCACUGCCUUCGUCCUCGCCACCGAACCUAUCGGCCCGACGAAGCGCGGCACGGCGGGCAUGUCCACCUUCUACUUCUUCUCUGGCGGCAUUGCAGUUCUCUCUGGAAUCGCUUACAUCUUCCAAUCAUGGCGCUAUCUCUAUAUAGCUUCCUCUAUCCCCUCCUUCCUCUACAUCAUCCUUGUCCUACCCUUUAUCUCUGAGUCCCCAAGAUGGUACCUUGUUCGCGGGAAAGUAACCGAAGCCAUGAAGCUCAUGUCCACCAUUGCUUCUUCCAACGGGAAAAACCUUCCCGAUGGUGUUUUCCUCUCUCUCGACGAUGAAGCAUCGUCCACAAAAACCCAAAAUUCAGGUAAUGACAUAACCUUGAUGGCUUACAAAAACGAAAACUUGGAAAACAAAGACGCGCUGGUGGGAUCCAUCGUAGACGUGAUUCGUUCUCCAGUCACUCGUGUGAGGUUGUUCUUAGCGGUGGCUCUUAACUUCUUAGGCUCCGUUGUCUACUACGGGCUUAGUUUAAAUGUUAUGAACCUCGAAACCAACCUUUACCUGAACGUGAUUUUGAACUCCGUAGCUGAGAUGCCGGCGUUUACAAUAACGGCGGUGCUUUUGGACAGGUUUGGGCGAAAGCCAUUGACGGUGGCGACAAUGUAGUUCAGCGGGUUGUUUUGUUUGAUAGGGAGUUUGAUUGGCAACGUCGGAGCGUGGAAGGUGGUGAGAAUGGUGUGUGGUGUUUUGGGGAUAUUUGGGAUGGCCGGGACUUAUAAUUUGUUGUUUAUUUACACGGCGGAGCUGUUUCCGACGGUGGUGAGGAACGCCGCACUUGGAUGCACCACGCAGGCAGCGCAAAUGGGAGCGAUACUGGCGCCGUUUGUGGUGGUUUUGGGUGGGUGUCUGCCGUUUGCGGCGUUUGCAGCAUGUGGAAUAGUGGGAGGAAUGUUUGCGUUUUAUCUUCCAGAGACGAUGAAUCAACCUCUCUAUGAUACAUUCACCGGAAUGGAAGCGGGACUUGCUUGAUGUAAAUUAUUGCUGAUCUCAUUAUACAUGUUUAGGUCUUAUCAUUUGCUCUUUGUUGCUGCAUGGAUCCUUUAAUUUCUAUUUUGAUUUUGUAGAGUGAAAAAGUAACGCGUAUUUAUAUGGAUUUGAGGAUUGAAGAACACCAA